AUGGAUGAAUUUAAUACAUUUACAUCAAAACCUUCAACUACAGAAGAAACUGAUUUAUUCGGAUUUGGAAAUACCGAUGAAAUAACCAACAUUCAAAAGGAUGAUUCAUCAUGGAUUAUUGAAAAUAUUUCUAAUAUGAAGACAUCAUCUUCAUCUGAUAUACUUGAUGAAACGUCACCUGUACAUCCAUCCAAUGAUAUAUGGAAUAAUAUAAAUUCAUCAGAAGUAUUAAACUCAUUUAAUGAUGAUGUGUUUACAAAUGAGGAACCAUUGAAUACAUUACCACCGACAGCAGAAGAUAUUCUUUCUAACGAUUUAUCAAAUCAACAAAAAGGUCUUUAA